UGUUCGCCACACAACCAAAAAAAAAAAAAAAAUCCCAUCCCCAAACCUUCGCCACCGCCAAAUAAAAUCAGCGCUCAAGCCCUAAAUUCAUCAAAACAGGAAUUGAACAUAAAUGGCGUCCUCAGCCUCUAUCUUGAGCUCGGUCAACGUUCGACUCUCUAACAAGAGCCCAUCGUCGAAGAAACCUCUUCGCAGUGGGUCAGCAGCGUUUACGGCGAGAGCCGAAGCGAGCAGCAGUGGCGGCAUAAACCCUGAGAUACGCAAGGACGAGGCGAAGGUUGUUGAUAACGUGCUCGUGGCCGAGCUCGCCAAGCCCCUCACCGCCUAUUGCCGGUGUUGGAGGUCGGGGACGUUCCCGCUGUGCGAUGGGAGCCACGUCAAGCACAACAAGGAAACCGGCGAUAACGUGGGGCCCUUGCUCCUCAAGAAAUGAGCAAUUGCAUAUGAGUGAAGAAGUAGCGUUUUGUUGCUUUUGCCAAUUUGUUAUUUUAGUGUGAAAGUUUGUUGUGGAUGUUUCAUGCGGAGGAUUGAGAGAGUUUAUAUUGAUUAAUUUGUGGCUUAUGUAUUUGGGUUUGGGUUUUAUAUGAGGAGAGUAAUGAUGUGAUGAUACACUUCAUGCGAAUCCGAAGUUUUCUUCUUCUUUUUUUUUUCAA